GUAUUGCUUUGUUUUUGCUUUGGGAUACCUCACUGUGUGCCAAAUUACUAGAGUCUAUAUCUUUGAUUAUGGACAGUAUUCUGCUGAUUUUUCUGGUCCAAUGAUGAUAAUUACACAGAAGAUCACUAGUUUGGCAUUUGAGAUUCAUGAUGGAAUGUUUAGGAAAAAUGAAGAUCUGACACCAUCACAGAGGUGCUUGGCUGUAAGACGCAUGCCAAGUCUACUGGAGUAUUUAAGUUACAACUGUAAUUUCAUGGGUAUCCUGGCAGGCCCGUUAUGCUCUUACAAAGACUAUAUUACUUUCAUUGAAGGCAGAUCAUACCAACUGCAACAGUCGGAAGCAAAUGGGAAGGAAGAUACAAAAUAUGAACAAAUGGAUCCUUCUCCAAAUAUAGCCGUGGCACAGAAACUCUUAAUCUGUGGACUGUCCUUACUCUUCCACAUGACUAUCACAAAAACUUUGCCUGUGGAAUACAACAUUGAUGAUAACUUCAGAGCUACAGCAUCAUGGCCUGUAAGGGUUUUCUACCUAUACGUGUCCCUUAUGGCUGCCAGACCCAAGUAUUAUUUUGCAUGGACUUUAGCAGAUGCAAUUAAUAAUGCAGCAGGAUUUGGUUUUAGAGGCUAUGAUAAAAACGGAGUUACACAUUGGGAUCUGAUAUCAAAUCUGAGAAUCCAGCAAAUAGAGUUUUCCACAAGUUUCAAGAUGUUUCUUGACAACUGGAAUAUCCAAACUGCUCUUUGGCUUAAAAGAGUGUGCUAUGAGCGAGCCUCCUUCAGCCCAACGAUCCAAACCUUCAUCCUUUCUGCCAUCUGGCAUGGGGUUUAUCCAGGAUAUUAUUUGACAUUUUUAACAGGAGUGCUAAUGACACUAGCAGCACGAGCUAUAAGAAAUAAUAUCAGACACUAUUUUGUUGAAUCUCCUGCUGUUAAAUUGUGUUAUGAUAUUAUAACAUGGAUGGCAACUCAAGUAGCAAUAAGUUACACAGUGGUGCCAUUUGUACUGCUCUCUGUAAAACCCUCUUUCACCUUUUACAGCUCCUGCUAUUUCUGUCUUCAUAUUGCCAGCAUCCUGGUGUUGUUGGUAUUUCCACUGAAAAGAACUCAAAAAGGAUGUAAAAAGCAUGAAAGUGUCCAGCCCACGUGGUCCAAAAAACUAGAAGAAGAAAAUCUUUUGCAAAAGAACAGUUAUUCCACAACAAAUAAUAGUUUUGGUCAGAAACAAGAAAUAACCUGCAGAUAUCAAGCAUUAAAACAGUGAUUGAGGAAACACUAUGAUGAAUAUAUUUUGUAUGUUUUCAGAAACCCAUUUUUAGCACCUUUUAAAGGGGUUUGUAUUUGUUUGCAAAGAUGUUUAGUAAGAAAAGAAUGCAUUACCUAGGGAAAUCACAUACAAUAGCAAGACUGGAAACAAAGCAAAUUAACCCCUCCCAUGCCAUGUCCCUGUGGGUCACGCCUUAUAUGAAGAUAUUACCAUUAUUUCAAUGGGCACUCAGGACUUGCAAAUAUGUCCAUAGGGUCAUAUGUGUGCCCUUUGCUGAAUGUACGUUGUGUAUCCCAAGGCACUGAUGGGGUGGAAAAAAAUUGUGUCAAUCUGGGAUUAACAAAUGGAAAUUAAUUUUUCCAAACGAACGACUUGCCUUAAACCCUCUAUUUACUGAAAUAUUGUUUCUAAAUGGGUGUUUUCAAGUUUGAUUUUAUGUGGAAAGCAUAUUUCAAAUAUGUAAAACUAUAUGCUAUAAAGAACAUUGAAAUAGGAAAUGCAAAGUCAUGAGAAGGCUUUUGAAUCUUUAAAAGGGAAUUGCAGUAAGCAUCUCAGUAUCUGGAGGGUUUUCUUAAAGUAUCUCAAACUAUUACAGUACAUUUCACAACUGUAAACAUUACUGAUGCCAAAUUAUAGUUAGGUUUCUUUGAUAAAGAGUAAUUAUUUACAGCCCUUCUGAACAGAUUAAAACAAACAAACAAAACAAAACACCUGAAGGUUCACCUUUUCCAGGACUUGAUAGCUCUAUUCUAGGUUCCUUUUACUUUAAAAUACCUAAACCCAAUAAAACACUGCCAAGUGGGCUUUGCACCUAGAGAAGGAAAGGCAGCUAUAGGACACGGAAGACAUGUGCAAGCAACAGGACUUCAACAAGUGUGUUUUUAACCAUAAAUGCUUGUUCAAAAAUAGAACUGUUUU